AUGACGACAAGAUUAUUAUCGAGAAGUUUGAAAACGAUGGCAGGAACCAAAAAAUUCAAUUUCACCCCAAACAAGUAUUUCACUGAAAACACAGCCAAGGAUGUCUGGUCCCUCACCAAUGAAGCUGCAGCACUAGCGGCCACCAAUCCUCAUAACAAGGGUCGCGAAUUGAUCAACUUGGGACAAGGGUUCUUCUCUUAUUCACCACCCCAAUUUGCUAUUAAGGAAGCCCAAAAGGCAUUGGAUAUUCCGUUAGUGAACCAAUAUUCACCAACAAGAGGCCGUGUCUCUUUGCUGAAUGCGUUGAUUAAGCAGUAUACUCCAAUUUAUGGUUCCGAAUUGAAGCAGGAAAAUGUUACUAUUACCACUGGUGCUAAUGAAGGUAUCUUAUCUUGUCUUAUGGGUCUUUUGAAUGCAGGUGAUGAAGUCAUUGUGUUUGAACCAUUUUUCGACCAAUACAUUUCUAAUAUCGAACUAAUGGGUGGUAAAAUUGUCUAUGUGCCUAUUAAUCCACCUAAGGAACUAGAUCAACGUGUGACUGAAGGUACUGAAUGGACGGUAGACAUGGAACAAUUUAAGAACGCUAUUACUAGUAAGACAAAAGCCGUCAUCAUAAAUACACCUCAUAAUCCUAUCGGGAAAGUCUUUACUCGUGAAGAGCUGUUGCAAAUUGGUAAUAUUUGUGUAGAGAAGAAUGUUAUUAUCAUAUCCGAUGAAGUUUAUGAACAUUUAUAUUUCACUGAUGAAUUCACUAGGAUUGCCACAUUGUCUCCAGAAAUAGGUCAAUUGACAUUGACUGUCGGAUCUGCCGGUAAAACAUUUGCUGCAACAGGUUGGAGAAUUGGUUGGGUUAUUUCAUUAAACAGUGAAUUGUUACAAUAUGUCUCUAAGGCUCAUACAAGAAUCUGUUUUGCUUCUCCAUCUCCUUUGCAAGAAGCUUGUGCAAAUUCCAUUAAUGAUGCAUUAGAAUCAAAUUAUUUUGAAAAGAUGAGACAGGAAUACAUUCAAAAAUUCAAGAUCUUUACUAGUGUCUUUGAGGAGUUAGGACUACCCUACACCAAACCCGAGGGUACGUAUUUCGUUCUUGCUGACUUUUCUAAAGUUAAAAUUCCUGAGGACUAUCCAUAUCCAAAGGAGAUUUUGAACAAAGGUAAGGAUUUCAGAAUUUCUCAUUGGCUUAUUAAUGAACUAGGUGUUGUCGCAAUUCCCCCAACCGAAUUUUACAUCAAAGAGCAUGAAAAGGCAGCUGAGAAUCUAUUGAGAUUUGCUGUGUGUAAAGAAGAUUCUUACUUGGAAAAGGCUGUUGAAAGAUUGAGUUUAUUGAAAGAUUAUAUUUAA